CCAGAAUCGUCUAGAGUAAGUACUGAAUUGACAUACAUAAAAAGGCGGUUUGGAGUUGUGAUGUUAUAUCACGGUUAUCAGCUCACGUUAAAAAGAAAAGGUAAAGAUGGUUCUGAGGUUUGGACCUGUGUUGAUGCUAGGAAAAUGGCAUGCAAAGGAUGGCUCUGUAUAAAGAACACCAUCGAAAAGGUAUGUAUUUUAGUCAGCAGGCCAAACGGACAAGGAUUGAUCUUCAGAGGCUACAUGUUCUAUAGGCACUUCCCUAUCAAAAACGGAUUCAGAUGGCGGUGCUCCAAAUUUCAUGCGUCUCAGCCUUGCAAGGCGUACCUUCAUCUCACUACACUCAUCGAAAUGGCUACCACAGGGAGGAAGUGGCUUCUCCAUGAAGGCUAUACGUUCUUCUACCGGUACAAGCUGAGGGUAGGCCAUAAAUGGGUCUGCACGAACUUCCCAAGGUGCAAAGCUUACUUGUGCGUCACGGAUAGCUUACGCAUCUUCAAGCAGUUCGUGUUUCACCCACACGAGAAGAGGACGGUGCACAAAUGCGCCGAUGGCAAAUAUGUGAGAUAGCUGUUAUUCUAUUUCACGCAGUAAUUGAUACAAAAGUAUCAUACGUACAUACUUUAUUUAACUGCAUAUUGAAAUUCAUUACAUUUCUUAUUAUUUUUUGGCAAUUGAGAGAGCCUUGAUGACUUGUAACUAUAUCUUACCUAGUGCGGUCUUCAGUUUCACCCAAACAAUAAUUUGAAGCUGUAUAAAAACUGUUAUUGAUGCAAAUGUUUGUGAUGAGAAAAUUAACGACUUUAUUGUCAUUAUUAUACUUUUACUGAUAAUGCUUAUGCAGCAAAUCAGUUUCGCCUACCUGGGUUAGUAAAAUAUAAAAUAGUGAGUACGAACCAAUAUCCAAUUCGAAUAGUUUGCAAGUGCAAAUUAUUAUCAUUGUUAAAUUAGUACUGAUUUUUAGUUCUCGUUACGUCCGUUGUGUUGCUGUUCAAGUUUCCAUACAGAAUUUGGCAAUGACAUUUCAGACACGAAAACUAUUCGAAUUCGAUAUUGGUUCGUGCUAAGGGUACUCAUUUACGGCGUUGCCGCCUAACGUGGGGUUAGGCGGCAACGCCUAACUACUGGUGCAGUUAUCAAAUUCUAAAAGAUAAAAAAAAACUCAAGAAAUAUGCUCAUAUGUUCUCAUUAAAACUUAAAAGUAUAUGUAAUAAUUGGUACAGUUUUAUUUUGAAAAGAACUAAUAUAUUUUUAUCAUUUAAAGUUCUUAUGAUUUCGUAAUAAUCCCUAUAACUAAACUUGAGAAGUAUGGUUUAUUCAUAUCGUUCCAAAAAUCUUCAAAAUAUAAAAAAGCAUCGCUGGCGACAUCGACAUAGCUUCCAGAAUCAGUAGACUGAAGUAGUAGUGGGUUGGCCAUAUUUUUCGUAGAGCCGAUGGCCGUUGGAGCAGGCGAGAAGAGCUCUCAAGGACUCGUCGCCUGCCCUUCUCUUCUCGUCUGCUCCUUCCUAGCAUCGAAAUUUAAAAAAAUAAGAACUAGAACUCCCCCGUCUUACUUGUUCUUUAAAAAUAACUACAAAUUCUAGGUAAGUACUUGACUAAGUACACACACAUUCAGACUGUGUCGGGUUAUUAUGUUACAUAUUACCACUAUAACAGUUAAAUAAUUAAAAAGAACGCUUUAAUUCGCACCAAAAGAAAUGUGACCUCUUCCUUAAGUCAACCUUGGCAACAAUGGCAUGGAACCUUCCAUUUUUGAGUCUGUCUCAAAACUUCUCCAGUUUUAUAUUUACUCUACGCUCUCAUUUACAGCUAAAAUUGUCAUCAUGACAAAUAAUAAAAAGAGAUUGUACCACAACGGCUUCCUUUACUAUAAAAAGAACGCAACUGUUACAAAUCGAGGCCGAUGGUACUGCGUGUCGUAUCCCCGGUGCCAGGCUUGCGUGUUGAUCGACCACAAGAUGCGAGUGAUCUCGGACAACGAUUGCCAUACCCACCCCGUGAGAAAUAUCCGUCAAACACCGCAAGGGACUUACCAUAGUAUGAGAGGCAAAAAUGUGAAAAUUUAAAUUGAUUCAAAACUAAUCACGAGCUCCAAAUUUGACUUACCGUGAUGUGUUACUCGUAUAUCACAACUAAUUGUAAAAGUUGGGUAAAAAAUAUGUUAUCCAACUUUUACAAUUAGUUGAAAAAGAUGUCGCGGUGAAUUCUUGCAUGAAAUAUUAAACUAUUUUAAAUUGUGACCAUGACAAAUAAUAAAAAGAGAUUGUACCACAACGGCUUCCUUUACUAUAAAAAGAACACAAUUGUUACAAAUCGAGGCCGAUGGUACUGCGUGUCGUAUCCCCGAUGCCAGGCUUGCGUUUUGAUCGACCACAAGAUGCGAGUGAUCUCGGACAACGAUUGCCAUACCCACCCCGUGAGAAAUAUCCGUCAAACACCGCAAGGGACUUACCAUAGUAUUAGAGGCAAAAAUGUGAAAAUGUAAAUUGAUUCAAAACUAAUCACGAGUUCCAAAUUUGACUUACCGUGAUGUGUUACUCGUAUAUCACAACUAAUUGUAAAAGUUGGGUAAAAAAUAUGUUAUCCAACUUUUACAAUUAGUUGAAAAAGAUGUCGCGGUGAAUUCUUGCAUGAAAUCCCAAACUAUUUUAAAUUGUGACCAUGACAAAUAAUAAAAAGAGAUUGUACCACAACGGCUUCCUUUACUAUAAAAAGUACGCAACUAUUACAAAUCGAAGCCGAUGGUACUGCGUGUCGUAUCCCCGAUGCCAGGCUUGCGUGUUGAUCGACCACAAGAUGCGAGUGAUCUCGGACAACGAUUGCCAUACCCACCCCGUGAGAAAUAUCCGUCAAACACCGCAAGGGACUUACCAUAGUAUUAUAGGCAAAAAUGUGAAUAUAUAAAUUGAUUCAAAACUUAUCACGAAUUCCAAAUUUGACUUACCGUGAUGUGUUACUCGUAUAUCGCAACAUACAUUUUUUUUAUCUAAUUUUUAUAAUUAGUUGAAAAAGAUGUCGCGCUGAAUUCUGGCAUGAUUGUGUGAAAAAAUCCCAAACUAUUUAUUCUCGGAGUUAGCUGUCAAAAUGUUAUUGGUUCCGGCAGACCUCUUACUGCUACAUAUCUACCAUAUUCCUAAAAUAGACUUGAAGCACGGCUAUAACCAAAGGGGUUACAGCUGAUUUAGUUUUUUUGAUAUCAACUUUUUGUAUUCGAUCAGAUAGAUAUGAUUUAAUAAGGCCGACUGAUUUAAUAAAGACACCAUAAUGCCCCAGUUUCAUCAAUAAUGUAUCGAGGUUAACGCAAUCAAAAGCUUUAGAAAGAUCACAGAAUAUACCUAUUGCAUCUUGCCUGCCUUCCCAGGCUUCAAAAAUGUUUUUCAAGUGUAGUUUCAGAGUCUGUAGUGGAUUUACCCUUGGUGUAUCCGUAUUGAUUGCAAUGAAAUAACUUGUUAAGGGUAAGAUAAGUUGAUAACUGGUUAAAAAUAAUCUUUUCAAAAAUUUUGCUCAAGACUGAUAAUAUAGAGGUAGGAAGUUAGUAGAGUCAUUUUUAUCUCCAUAUUUGAAAAGUAUUUUUGAUUAGGCUUGGAAAGAUCCCUUCAUCAUAGCAAUUGUUAAAUAUGGGAGCAAUAUCAGAAAUUAUUGCUUUGAUAAUAUUAGUUGAGAUAUCCCCAUAGAUCCUCUGUUUUCUUAUUAUUAAGUGAUUAUAAAGUUUUGACGAUAUAAUCUCAACAUUCAUAUGUCUCAAAUGAAAAGAUUCCUUAAUCUUGUUUACACUUGACUCUAGGAGGGCAACAGCACUGAUUGAACAUGAUCUGGAGCUACUAGUUGUAUCUAUAGGUAUUCGGUAGAAAAAGGCUGCAAAUAGGGAAUCUACUUCGUUAUCAGAUUCAAUGACCCUGUCAUUUACCUUUAGCGAAUAAGUGUUUCCGUUAUUUUUCGUCUUUCUUGUUACUUAGUUUAUUACAUUCCAAACAGUUUUUACUUUAUUAUUUGAGACACAGUUUUUGUU